AUUCUAUAUAGCCAUCAUCAGUUCAAUGAUAAUUUAAGAAUUUAAGCAAGAUGGUUUUUGGUGCACUAUACCGCGUCUACAAAGGCUGGAUCAGUCCCCCGCAGGCGACGAAGAAAGAUGACGCCAUUCGGUUCGGACUUUUGGGGGCGUCCAACAUUGCUCCUAUUUCCCUGAUUGCGCCUGCAAAAGCGCAUCCAGAGGUCAUCGUCGCUGCUGUCGCGGCGCGAGAUCGCAGUCGGGCAGAAGCAUAUGCUAAGAAAUAUGGGAUUCCGAUCGUCCAUACAUCCUAUCAAGACCUCCUCGACGACCCCUCCAUCGACGCAAUCUACAUCGCCCAACCCAACAGCCUCCAUUUCGAAUGGGCGCUCCGCUCACUCCGCGCCGGCAAACACGUCCUGCUCGAGAAACCAUCAUGCUCGAACAGUGCAGAAGCACGCGCCCUCUUCAACCAUCCUCUAGUCAAAGCGCCCAACGCCCCAAUUCUGCUCGAAGCAUUCCACUAUCGGUUUCAUCCUGCUUGGCAGGCUUUUCUGGCGCAGAUUCAUGGGCACGGUUUGGGACGGGUGGAAUCUGCACAUGCGCAGCAGUUUCUGCCUAAGUGGGCUAUACCUGCUGAUGACAUUCGAUGGCGGUUUGAUUUGGCCGGUGGUGCGAUGAUGGAUUUUGGGACGUAUCCUUUGAGUUGUUUAAGGCAGAUUCUGCGGGAGGAGCCGAGGGUGAUUACUGCUGAGCCGACGAUAUCUGAAUACGAGGACAGGGCCGAUCAGGCGAUGAGGGCGACGUAUACGACUGAAUCUGGGGCGAAGGGGGAAAUGCUUGCUGACCUUGCGGCUGCUGGAGGAUGGCCUUUACUGCCUGCUUCAUGGACGAAAGGGUUGCCGAGUUUUGGUUGGCCGAAAUGCGAGGUUGAACUCGCAGAGAGGGAGGGAGAUGGUGAUGGAGGUUCUUUUAAGAGAAAGGUGACGAUUUGGAAUUAUCUGAUGCCGAGUGUGUACCACCGGAUUGAUGUGGAAGAUACGCAUACGCUUCGUCGGGGUGGGCAGAUAGUCAAGACAUGGAAGGAUUCGAAGAAUAUCAAGGCGUAUACAUGGCCCUCUGGUGAUGGAGAAGAGUGGUGGUCGAGCUAUAACUACCAGCUUCAUGAGUUUGUCAACAAGGUCAAAGGACGCAGUGGAUCGGGGGUUUGGGUGGAUGGCGAGGACAGCAUCAGGCAGAUGGAGGCGAUUGAUCGAACGUAUGAAAAGGCUGGGAUGGAGAUACGGCCGUCGAGUAAUUUUGAGCUCUAGUUAUUUCUGUAUAGUUGAUAUCUAAUGCAC